UUUUUUUUUUUUUUUUUUUAAUUGAAGUAAAAACACAGUCACAUAGACACAUGAAAGCUAUUGAAUCUUGUUGAUCAUCAAUGCAAAUCUGGGCUUGAUUUUGACUAUUUGUCUGUAUGGAAAAAGGGAAAAAAAGAUUGGGUUUUUUAUAUCAGUUUUGGUGUGGAGACUAAUGAGAUUUAUCAUUGUUUUCUAUUAUUUCUAUUCUUUUUAUUUUUCAUAAAUUCCAGCCUUCGAGUGGAGAAGCAAAUUUUUGCUUAUUGUUUUCAGACUUUUUUCAGUGCCUUGACCAGUUGAGCAGUUAUUCAAGAAGGCCAACAUUUACAAUGGUUCCAGUGAACCUAUGGUAAAAUAUUUAACCAAAUAGAGAUUAGAGAUAGUAAUUUUGAGGAAUAAAUCUAGAGCAAUGACUAACCCAAAAAAUCCCACAACCUCUAUUUCAUCUUUCCUGGGAUCACCAAGAUGUUUGAAUGGGUUUUUCACAAAGAAUGUUUCUGAUGCAGAAUCUGUAGCAAUGAGUCCAACCUCAAUUCUUGACACAAAAAACUCAUCAAAUUCUGCUAACCCUUUUGGCUAUGACAAAAAUUGGUCCAAAUCCUCAAUCCCGUCUCCAAAUUCUUUUAAUAAACUAAACUCAGAAGCCACUGGACUUGCCUUGAUUGACUCAAUCAAUGAUGAGAAAAAUGAAGGGGAUUUUUCAAAGCCAAUUAGCAGAAUGGUUCUGUUUGGAUCAAAACUUAAAGUUCAAAUUCCAACCCUUGUUCCCUCUUUGAUUUCCCCAGUCGAAUCACCCAAGACUCCAGCUGAUUUCGGAAUCAAGACUAGGGAUUCUCAGUUGUUGAGUCCUUUUUCUGGCAUCCCAGCAAAGGAUUCUCCUCAGAGUUUUACUAGGCAGUUAUCUUUGAAGGAAAUGGAGCUUUCUGAGGACUAUACUUGUGUGAUCACUCAUGGGCCUAAUCCAAAAACGACACGUAUAUUUGAUAACUGCAUUGUUGCAAGCUGCUGUGAGGAUCCUAAUUUGUCUGAUAACGAAAGGUGAAAAAGCCUUUUGCAGCCAUGAAUGCCGCUGCCAAGAAAUGCUUUUUGAAGGGAUAAAGAAUCCAGAGUUGGAUGAUUCGUUUUAAGACAUGUUAUGUUAUGAAUUAACCAUAUUUCCCUUUCAUGCUUCAGAAGAAUAUGGCAUCUAUAAAGGGAUUUUAUGUCCUCAAUUUGAUAAGUAGGAAUAAUUUAACCUGAAGGACUCAUAAUGUUUACCCCGAUUUCGAUGUUGUACUGUUUCGCCCAUCAUCCAUACAAUUUGCCUUGAUUUUUUGCA